AUGAACAAUGUUAGUUAUACUGCUUUAGAGGUCCAUAGUGACAAUUCUAGUCCAAACAACGGUACAAGCCUCAUCUCCAUCCUGUCCGAAAGCAGAGAUCUAGGGUCCACUAUCAUCAGUGACUCGCCAUCCAUUAUCGCCAGCACUUCCACGACCGCUAUCGUCAACAUCGAGCCCUGCAGUCCCACAACCUCAUCUACAUCAACUAUCCCUCUCCAUUCAAGAAUCAAGAGCUAUCUUAUUAAAUCCAUCCCCAGAAUAGACGAGACCUAUUCACCACUUGAUGUAAUAUUAGCCCUACUUUGGUUUCCUACCCAAAUGGGCCUUUUGGCUUCACUAGUCCUUGUUGAUAUUUCAACCAAAUCCAGCGAAUAUGCCAGUUUCGAUCUACCUUAUAAAAACAUCUUUAUCUUCGCUACAGUUCCCCAGUCCUUAGACACUCUAUAUCUCAUGACUUUUGCUUUUGCCUGCUUCCAUUUUGUUUCGCUCUGUAGCUACUUUUGGAACACCGACCCAUCUCUCCCUUUAAUCUAUAAAGUCAUCAGAUUAAUCUGUGCCGGCAUAUUUCUUUUUGGGAUUUCCCAAUUAGCAUGCCUAAUCGUUGCCACUCUCAUGCUUUUAUCUACCCUUCUAUUCCAAGGCAAAAGCGCUAUUGCUUUUGUCAUUCUCUCUUUUAUCGCUCUUACUCUAGCGAUACAUGACUUCUUAGGCUAUUACUGGACCUAUCGAUCUCGUAAAAAGCCCGGUGUACUUAUCGCAAUGUCCUUUAUCUUCUUUAUUCUUCUUAUCGCUCUAGACCUAACAUACCUCUUCUUCUAUGUCCAAAAACACGGCCCCAAUCUAAUCCCAUCCACAUCCACAACCUAA